CUGCGGGCGGGCGGGCGAGGAGCGCAGAGCGAGGCGGAGGAGCCGGGUUCGCUCUCGCCCGCGGAGCAGCGCACGGACGGCGGGCAGGGCCGAGCCGAGCGCUCGGGCGCGCCCGAGCCGGAGCCCCGGCGUGCGGCUAGCUGGCGGGGCGGGAGGCAUGAGGGUGCCUCGCGCUCGCCCCGCGCCCUAGCGGCGGCCGCGGCAGCCCAGGGCUGAGGCGAGAGGCGGCCGCCUGGCGGAGGGCCCCGGGGCUGCCCCGGCUCCAGGGCAUGUAGUGAUGGCUGCGGAGAAGAGAAUGCAAGAAUACGGGGUGCUUUGCAUUCAGGAAUACGGAAAAAACAGCAAAGUGGAGUCAAGUGCACGUAACAGCUUCAUGGGCUUGAAGGAUCACCUAGGCCAUGACCUCGGCCACCUUUAUGUGGAGAGCACUGACCCACAGUUAAGUCCAGCUGCACCUUGGUCAACAGUAGAGAGACUAAGUAUGGAUACCGUUAAUGCGGGAAAGGAUGAAAAAGAGGUGUCUGAAGAGAAUGCAAGCUCUGGUGACUCUGAAGAAAACACAAAUUCUGAUCAUGAGUCAGAACAAUCGGGUAGCAUUUCAGUAGAGCCAGGCUUAAUAACUAAGACUCACAGACAACUCUGCAGGUCUCCCUGUUUACAGCCUCACAUACUCAAGCGCAAUGAAAUUUUGCAAGACUUUAAACCUGAAGAGUCCCAGACUACAUCCAAGGAAGCAAAGAAACCACCUGAUGUGGUGCGAGAAUACCAAACAAAACUGGAGUUUGCACUUAAGUUAGGUUAUUCUGAAGAACAGGUUCAGCUUGUACUAAACAAACUUGGUACUGAUGCUUUAAUCAAUGAUAUUUUGGGAGAACUUGUCAAACUUGGAAAUAAAAGUGAGGCUGAUCAGACGGUUAGUACAAUUAACACUAUAACACGGGAAACUUCUUCCCUGGAAUCUCAGAGGUCUGAAUCUCCAAUGCAAGAGAUUGUAACAGAUGAUGGUGAAAAUCUGAGACCAAUAGUUAUUGAUGGCAGCAAUGUGGCAAUGAGCCAUGGAAACAAAGAAGUAUUUUCCUGCAGAGGAAUAAAAUUGGCAGUGGAUUGGUUUUUGGAAAGAGGCCACAAAGAUAUUACAGUUUUUGUUCCUGCUUGGAGGAAAGAGCAGUCCCGACCUGAUGCUCUCAUUACAGAUCAGGAAAUUUUACGUAAGUUAGAAAAGGAGAAAAUCCUGGUGUUCACGCCAUCCCGGCGAGUCCAGGGGAGGAGAGUGGUGUGCUAUGAUGACAGGUUCAUCGUGAAGCUGGCUUUUGAGUCGGAUGGUAUCAUUGUGUCCAAUGAUAACUACAGGGAUUUGGCUAAUGAGAAACCAGAAUGGAAGAAGUUCAUAGAUGAACGAUUAUUAAUGUAUUCAUUUGUCAAUGACAAGUUCAUGCCCCCUGAUGACCCUCUUGGCAGACAUGGCCCCAGUCUGGAUAAUUUUCUGAGGAAGAAACCUAUUGUUCCUGAACACAAGAAGCAGCCUUGUCCAUAUGGAAAGAAGUGUACCUAUGGACACAAGUGCAAAUAUUACCAUCCCGAAAGGGGCAGCCAGCCACAGCGGUCAGUGGCUGAUGAACUCCGUGCCAUGUCUAGAAAUACAGCAGCCAAAACUGCAAACGAAGGAGGACUGGUGAAAAGCAACAGUGUUCCUUGUAGCACCAAGGCUGAUAGCUCUUCUGAUGUCAAACGAGGUGCUCCAAAGAGGCAAUCAGAUCCAAGCAUAAGGACUCAAGUCUACCAAGACCUAGAAGAAAAGCUUCCCACCAAAAACAAAUUGGAAACCAGGUCUGUACCUUCCUUAGUUAGCAUCCCGGCUACUUCUACUGCAAAACCCCAAAGCACUACAUCUUUAAGCAAUGGCCUUCCAUCUGGAGUUCAUUUCCCACCUCAGGAUCAAAGACCACAGGGACAAUAUCCUCCAAUGAUGAUGGCAACCAAAAAUCACGGAACGCUAAUGCCUUAUGAACAGUAUCCAAAAUGUGACUCGCCUGUCGACAUUGGAUAUUAUUCCAUGUUGAAUGCAUACUCAAAUCUGAGUCUCUCAGGCCCACGGAGCCCUGAAAGGCGUUUCUCCUUAGACACAGAUUAUAGAAUAAGUUCCGUAGCUUCUGACUGCAGCAGUGAAGGGAGCAUGAGCUGUGGGAGCAGUGACUCCUACGUGGGUUACAAUGACCGGUCCUAUGUCAGCUCCCCCGACCCACAGCUAGAGGAGAAUUUGAAGUGUCAACACAUGCACCCUCACAGCCGCCUUAAUCCUCAGCCCUUCCUGCAGAAUUUCCACGACCCCUUAACCAGAGUGCAAAGUUACAGUCACGAAGAACCAAAGUUCCAUCACAAGCCUCCUCUUCCGCACUUGGCUCUGCACCUGCAGCACCCCGCUGUGGGCGCCCGGUCCAGCUGUCCUGGCGACUACCCCUCUCCUCCAAGUUCAGCACACUCUAAGGCACCACACCUCGGGAGGUCCUUGGUGGCCACGAGAAUAGACAGCAUCUCUGACUCUCGACUUUAUGAUAGUUCUCCUUCACGACAAAGAAAGCCUUAUUCCCGCCAGGAAGGCCUGGGAAGCUGGGAGAGGCCGGGCUAUGGGAUCGACGCCUAUGGGUACCGGCAGACUUACUCCUUGCCCGAUAACUCCACGCAGCCGUGUUAUGAGCAGUUCACCUUCCAGAGCCUCCCUGAGCAGCAGGAGCCAGCCUGGCGGAUCCCGUACUGUGGAGUGCCGCAAGAUCCCCCCAGGUACCAAGACAACCGAGAAAAGAUUUAUAUCAAUUUGUGCAACAUCUUCCCACCUGACCUCGUGAGAAUUGUCAUGAAAAGGAAUCCUCACAUGACAGACGCCCAGCAGCUCGCCGCAGCCAUUUUAGUGGAGAAAUCCCAGCUGGGUUAUUGAAAGAUGAUGCAUCUUUGUGGUGUUUAGUAGUUUUUUGUUCAGCUCAAAUGCUGAGGGAGGUUUGCUACAAUAGCACAUGUGAUCUCCUUCUCAGCAAGGAGGUUAUAUAGUAUCCAUUUAUGUGAAAUACUGUAUCAUGGAAUCUGUAUGUAUAGCCCCAUAUGGUGGAAGUAUCACGGGAUUGCUUUACAUUUAAACUUUUUUUUAAUAUUUCCUUUUUAAAGCUCUAUCCUUGGCUGGAAAUUUUUCCAGUUUGAUUUAAUAGAUGUAUCUGUGAUCUUUGAUAUUAAUCUUUGGUGCAUCAGGGGUUUAUAUGCAGCACUUUUUAUCCUUGUUUUGUGUUUUAUUAACUUGGUGUUUGUCUCUCAAUUGCAAGCAAUUACAAUACCUUCAGAAUGUGGGACAUUUGACUAGACCUAGCAAACUGUUUUUUCGAGCCAAGCUUAAUUAGACUCUUUUACAGCUUUUUAAGUUAUUUUUAUUUGGGGAAAGUGGGCUUCUUUGUGCUAUAAUCAUUAUUUAUAGAAACAAAGAUAUACUACAGCACUGACUUUAUAUUUUAAACAAUAUGUAAGUUACCAGUUUUAUGUUGAAAUGGGUAACAGUAUAUAUAUUAGAAUGAUUUACAAUAUGGCACUUUUCAUUGUGUUAUUUUUGUUUGGAUUUUUUUCUGUUAAGAAAUGAGUUAAUUUAAUAUGGUUGAUUUAAAAGAAAGCAGAUGCAAUCAAUGGAAAAAAUGUUUCCAUUUUUUUAAAUGAAUAAGGCAAAAGCUGUAACUGUGACAGGUUAGAGCUUUGUUAUCCAGCUGUGAUGUGCUUCUAGACAGUAGAAGUGGAAUUGAAUUCCUAGAUUUCCAUUAACCUGUAUUUUUAAUAUGUCUGUCUUUUUGUUUUGGGGCACAACAAUACUGGAUAAAAUAACCCUUUCACAGCACUUGCCUGUUUUUAAUGAAUCUAAUUAUUCACAAUGCAACUUUUAUAUUUAACAUACUCUUUAGCUUUCCUGCUAUUUAUCAAGGCUGGCCUGAGGUGGGUUUAUGUGUUGAGGAUAUGCAACAUUUCUUGAUACUGCACUAUAGAAAUGGUGACGGAGAAGUUGUAAAUGGUAACUUAAAAUUUUUGUAAGAUAUUGUAUAUUUUCCAUUUUCCUGAAGGUAGUUUUCUUGGGGGGCCUGUUAUAUUAUUAAGGCCAGAUUCUUGCCACAAAUAGUGUAGUUCUAGAUACAGACUAAGGUCUGUUCUAGUAUUAGUAAGGGAUAUUUCUGGUUUCAAAGUCAUGGGUUUUGCUAGCGGUGAAUACAUUUCUGCGGAUUAGAAGACAGAUUUUGCAGCCAGUGGCAGAUAGUUGUGUGACUGACAUCACUUGACGGUUGCCUCCAGGUUUUGAAUUGUACUUUGUGUAACAGACACAUUCUGAUCUUUUUCUGUAGUCUGCUUAGAUGCCCUGGCUAUUCUGAUUAUUCUACAUGCUACAGUUUGAAGUAAAGCCCUGAAAAACCAGAAAGUACCUUUUACUGUUGAUACAAAUUGUAUCUUUUUAACUAUAAGAACUGUUUUGAUUUGUAGAUCUAGUUAAAACACAAGUAUGUAACUAUGAUUAGACUUUUGGGCAACAUUUUAUCCCUUAUUUAAAUACAAAUUUUUAAAGUAAAAUUGAGGUCUAGAAUAGGUUAGAAAAUAAAAAUAACAAUUUAGAUAAAUAAAAGUGUUUGUCUUAGUUUUAUAUAUUAAAACACAUUACAUAAAUUUAUUGGCAUUUUCUUUCUCCUAAAACUUACCUAGUGUGAACUUAAAAUAAAGGUAAAAUGCUGCCUGAAAAUAAUGUCCAAGCACCUUUGACUAGGAUAACAUUUUCACUACUUGUGUGACACUGUGUGUUGCACGAAGUAGGAUUUGGGUAUACAGUAAAUGCUUCUAAAAGGCAUUGUGCAUAUUGACAUAACCAAUAAUCUGAACCGUGUUCAGCAAACUUAAUUCAGGAAAGUGGUAUUCUACACAAUUAUUGCUGUUGUGUUUGAAAUGAGUGUGGCACUCAUCUGUACUCAGAAAUAAUAUGGGUGAGACCACACAAUCCAUUCUGAGUGGUGUCUGUCUGAGAGCAACGCUACUCACCUGUGAAAUUGUUUCCUUGAUUUGGUUGGUCACUAUAAAGCAAGUUUAAAUGUAGAGGCUAACUCAGUGCCAAAAAUGGGGUUACAGAUGUGUAAUAUCUUUUAUUUUAGUCAUAUUCUAAGACUUUUUUUUAGUAUGAAAUCACUUUUAAAUGAUACAUGUAGGUUUUGCUUCCAUUUUCUUCAUUUUACCAUUUAUCUGAACAUUCGCCAAAUUUUACUCCAUUUAUUUAAAUGAGAUCUUAGGUGAGAUGUGUGUGACACUUUGAAUUUGACCUUCUUGUGUUAUUAGCUGACUAUUUGUCAUUGCCUCAUGGAUUUUAAAUUAUGGGAAAAUAGUGUAGCCAGCUGCCACCUCUACUGAAGUGAAUAGCUCUGAACUACCCACACUAAAUCCUUCAGUGUAAUUAAUUAUGAGUUUAAAAAUAGCAGUUUUCUUAUGUGAAGAGGACAAUUUGUCCCCUUUUCUUGAAUCACCAAUGUUGCGUUCAGAGCUGUAGAAUGAGAUAAUUGGCAGACUUUAGGUACAGCAAAUUCUUACUUAUCUAAAGCAAUAAGUCAAAGGAGUCCAUCAUUAAAUUAAAUCCAUAGCUGAUCACAAGCCUUCAUGUUAGCCAAAACUUUCUCUCUAACCAAAUCUUUUACCAGACUUGCUAAGAAAUAACCAGAGAGGUGUGUUAAUAAGUGAAAUUGCCAGAAAUGGUCAACUGAUGGAAAAAAAAAAAAAAAAAAAACAGAAGGAUUCAGAUUGGAGUAUUUUGCCCCUGAAUAAUUGACAGUUGACUGUACUUUACACAGUAAGUAGCCAGUCUGUUGUCUCUGUGUCUUGUCCAGAGGGAAUAGUACCCAGCUGGCCAAAUACUGGCUCUUGGUAUUUCCUUCUUUCUUGCAUGUGAUACAGACGUUUUCAGUCUUGUUUUUAUGAUCUCUGUAUAUAUCCUGAUAAGAGUUUGUCAUUGACCUACACAUUUGGAAGAAAUGCACACCAGUAUAAAAUAUUUGAUACUGGUGGAAACUUGAACUUUGUGUUUUUAUGAAAAUUCAUUUAUGAGAAUAUGUAAUAUAACUGAAGAGUAUUUUAUAUAUAUAUAUACACACACACAAAUAUGUAUUUGUUAUGAGGUAUUAAAAACAGGGGUUGGGGGAGUGCUUCUGAUGGCUAACUUUUCUCUAAUUGAACUAUGUUUCUUUGAGUUGUGAACGACCAAGUCUGGGGUCUGGACAGCCAAUGAUAAGAUUUAGAACCACUUGGAUGGAAAGCGAUUCUUCACUGGUUUUAUUCUUGGUAUUUUAAAAGAAUUAUUUUGAUAUUUUUAAUAGAAUGUGUAAUUUUAAAGUACACAAAAAACUUAAAGUAGUAUUGAUUAUACAAAUAAUUAUUUAACAUGUCUUAUGGAUGUAUCUAUAUGUAUAUAGACAGUAAUAUAUUUAUAAAACAAAUAUACUUUGCUUAUGUUAUAGCUCUUGUUUGUGACAGGUGGGAGGAUGGCUCUGGGUGUGUGUGUGUGUGUGUGUGUGUGUGUGUGUGUGUGUGUGUGUGUGUCUUUUGAAAACUCAAGCUGUUUUCCUCUGACUUACAAUGGUAUUUACUUUAAAGUAUAUUUAGUUUUCAUUAUUCUUUUUGCUAUUCAGCUUCCUUAUUCAAGAUAAAAUAAGAUGUACAGUUUUCUGGCCAUUCUGUUGGUGUGUAGUGCAUCCAUUUUAUUGUCAUAUAACUCCUGGAGAAUUCUCAAGUGACCUGAAAUCAAACAGGUUCUGGUUGGACAUAUACUUAUGUUCCAAAUAUAUUAAAGAUGGUAAUUCAGCUAACAUGUUAAGUUUCCAAGAUAUACACUGACAAAUAAAAUGAGGUAUUAAAAAGAGAUGGAUUACACACAUGCCUUAGAAUAAGAGAAAACAGAGUGUUAAUAAAAGUAAAGAAACAUACACUAUCUUAGCCCCCUAGGGCAGGGGUAGAUUUUUUCUGUAAAGGAUCAGAUAGUAAAUAAUACAGGAAUCAUAUGGGCUUAAAAUACCAUUGUAAAAACUACGUAUCUCUGGCUUUAUAGCAUAAGAACAGCCACAGAUAACAUGUAAAUGAGUGUGGCUGUGUUCCAAUAAAACUUUAUUUACAGAAACAAGAAGCAGGUCAGAUUUGGCCUGUGGGCCAUAGUUUGCUGAUCUCAAGCAGUAAAUCCUAGUAUAUGUAAACAGAAGAAAUCAUAAUUGCAUUUCAGUUGACAUUGAAAGAAAAUCUGGUAGUUUUUGAUAUCCUUCAAAAGAGGAUUGUUAGACAUUCAUAUUAAAGCAUCUUAAUUCAUUUGAGUUUUUUACCUGUUUACACCCGUUAUUUAUUAGAGAUAUUUCUUGUGCUUAACCACAAAAGCAUUCUGUUAAAACGUUUUAAUGUGUAUUGAAUUUUUUCAUGAACUUUUCAUUUCUAUUGAUAAAUGGGAAUCCCUUACCAACCUUUUGUUUUUUAAUAGCCUCAUGGACCAAAAAAAUCUGUUGCAGCAUUUAAUUAGCCACAAAUACAUUUUGGCUGCAUUUACCAGUUACAUUUUUCUGUUGGUUUUGGCUUCUAAUAAAUGAUAUAUCUGCCAUUCUUUAAAAAUGGUUUUAAAGAAGAUAAAUAUAUUGUAAUUUCACAUGCUAUAGCUUUAUUCUGUAAGAUUAAAACUUGUGACUAGUAUAAUUGUAGCUAUAAUGUGAGUGGCAUGUUACAAUGUAACUCUUUAUAAGAAAUAAAAUGUAUCUCUGCUUUGUCUGUCCAGAUCUUUAGGUUUUUUAGAUGCUUUGGGACUGUCCUUGGUGAAUGAUAUUCUUCAUAUGAUCAUGUGUAAUUCUGAGUUCGUUGGAAGUACAUGCUGCUGAGCAUGUUCAUUCACAGUGCUUUAUACUGGCUGUUGCAUCGAUAACAUCAUUUUCAUAAGAACAUUUAAACAGCAUGAACAUCAUUAUCCACUUAAAUAGUUAAACUUUCUUUUAAAAGUGGAAUGCAACUCUGGGUUUUAACAAUGUUUAUUGUUUUUUUAAGUGCUUACUUUGUUUUUCCUUAAUACUUUGUUAACUUGCUUAUUAACUCCUGUUGCAGUGUUAACUGUUAUAUGUUAGAAAAUGGCUUUUCCCCUAAGAUUCUUAGUCUUUUAGAUUUAAAGACAAUUUAAGGUUUUGGCCAUUUGGCAGUAGAAAAUGUGCAUGUUUUAACUUAGCUUUAUAAAAUCCCUAAUGUUUUACUUCUUGAACCAUAUACCAAAUUUGUCAAUUUUCUGUCCAAGUAUUUCAGAUGAAUAACAAAAUGUUGUUCAUUAAAGCUUUCGCCACCUUUCUUAAAGCAGCUUAUGUUCCAGGGGAAGAAGGCAUCGAAAAGCAAACGUUUCUUUUUAUGAAGAAUAUGUGUUCGAAUUCCUUCAGUUUUUUUGAAAUUAUAAAUUUCUUAUGUGAAAUAUUCACAAACAUGCAAACUUCUGCAGAGACAAAGCAUUUCAUUGCAAGUGUACCAGGUUAUUGAUUUUAUCUUUUCCUUUCAGGGUUUUUUCUCCCAAACCAGAGUUGUAUGCUGCUAGUAGAAUUUUUUAUUUGAUCCUGCAAACUUUUCUUAUAGGAAAAGUAAGGCAAAAGAUGUUCAGUGCAACCAUCUGAUAAACUGAUGUGAUUGUAUUUAUCCUCUGUUCUGUGUAUUUCUGUAAUGGAAUCUUUAUAAUUCCCAAAGCAGUAUUUUAGAUCUACUGGAAAUCUGUAUCAAAACAGCUAUGUGAUUCUGCCACUGAGAAAAAAAUUUAAAAAUUCUUUUUUCUUCUGCUGGUUUGUUUUUCUUUAGUGAAGAAAUUGAUCUCAUAUGGCACCAUAGAUGCUAAAUAAAUAAAAGCAUCAUACUUCUCUACUUUGCCCGCAUUCAGAGCUUAACAUUGUGAGCAUUGUGUAAGAUAAACACAUGGUCAGUAUCAAUGUAAAUGUUAGAGCCAUAAUUAAUUUCUAUGAAAAUUGAAAUUAAAUGUCAAAGACAACUAGACAUAA